AUGUCUACCUUGCCCGUUCAUUAUAAAGACUUCAAAUCUUUGCUGAAGACACUGUUAAGCUCUUCAGAUGAUAGUCGUUCUACUACAAUGAAUGAAGCCCCAGAUAUCGAGCAAGCCCGCCAUCCGGAGCUCGGUCGUUGCCAUCACCAACAACAGCAGUGUCGUGGCGACGAAGGUCGCGGCAGCGAUAUUGAAUCUGCAUCUGCCGCAAGAUCCAAGCCGACGCGUGAGCCUGGCGGCAGCCUUGCUAUAGCUGAGCUCCAAGGAUCAGAUUCAGCCUACCAAGUUGCACCAGAGAUAGACGACAUCUACUGCUACGUCACACGUAAACAACAUUCACGAAUCAAGCGUGCUUGGAAAGACAUUGUCUUUGCUAUCAAAUCGGAUAAUAGCAGCUUGGAAGAAGAACUAGCGAUACGUCUAGAGCAACAGUGCCAGGCUUAUUACGAUUCCAUUCUGAAGCAGAGUUGGGUCAACCACCUUUCAAGGGGCAGCAAGGCGAUAUGCGAAAAGUUUAUAUACGAGCAGAAAACCAAGCUUGGAGCGGAUGCAGAGUACAUUGAAGAGGACCCAUCGUGCUACAUAUUUUACGGGCAGCACGAUGUGCCUCAUGCUGCGGCGCGAAGAUUCCUAGAAUUCUCGUGGGUGUAUCGAUCAUUGGCAAUGUUCCAGAGAAAAACCACCAGCGGCCAAGAUGCAGACUAUAUUCACUUUGCCGACGAGGUUAUUCUUGUCAUCAAGAUGCUGCUGAUGCUGUCGGUCAUUAUCCUCUUUGUAUAUGUGCCCGUAGUCAUUCCUGGACUGGGAGUGGUGACUUCGCCAGCCGGAGUCGCUGUCCUUUACGCGGUGUCUAUAUCGCUGAGCUGCGUCGUCACGACAUUGACGCUGGAUGUCAACACGGCAUUGGCAGUUGACUUGGCGUAUGCCGGCUUGCUAGGAAACGUCUUAUUCCAAAAAGGGACCGCUUAA